AGCAGCGAGACAACAUCAAUCAAUCAAGCAAGACUUUUUCGAAGAGCUGCUCGCUCGCCACGAGUCUAGGAAAUAACUUUUUUUGAUUCCACGAUUUUGUUCCUCUCCAUGAUCGAGCUCUCAAGCAUUCAAGAAUCCAGCUGCCUUAGCAAGCAAAAGUAAUAGUCAAAAGCACGGACCCUUGCGCAUGAUAAGUUUGACGGAAAAAUCAAAUCUUAGGACCCAGUGGAAUAUGCUAGUAGAAUCUUCUUCUUUUUUUUCAAAAUGCCCUAAUUAGGGCGCGCCUAGCGCCCAGCGCCGAGAAUGGAGGCGCGGGCCGUGGCGCCGGGCAUCCAGCUCCUCCGGGCGCGCCGCGCCUCCAAUUUCAGCCUCGGAUUCUACAAGGCAUCGGUUCUAGGGAUCACAUUCCUCGCCUACGCCGGCUAUCACGCCGCGCGCAAGCCGAUCAGCAUCGUCAAGGCCGUGCUCCAUCCGGAGUACUCGGAUCCAGGCUUCGCGGUGAGCCCGAGCUCCAAUCUCUCCCCGUCCAGCAGCAUCGAUCCAGGAAAUGCCCGGGAGGGGUGGAGUCCCUUCGUAGGGAGUCGAGGUAAAGCCAGGCUCGGGAUUAUAGAUGUAGCUUUUCUAGCUUCUUACGCUAUAGGAAUGUACUUCGCGGGUCAUCUGGGUGAUCGUCUCAACCUCCGGUUUUUUCUUUCGGCUGGCAUGGCGGGCAGCGGGGCAUUCUCGUGCCUGUUUGGGAUGGCUUACUGGUGGAAGGUCCAUUCUCUAGGCUACUUCAUACUCGUCCAGAUGGUAGCGGGGGUCUUUCAAUCCACAGGGUGGCCGUCGGUGGUGACCAUUGUCGCGAAGUGGUUUGACAAGAGCAAGCGGGGAUUGAUCAUGGGGAUCUGGAACUGUCACACCUCGGCUGGAAACAUCGUCGGCUCGCUGCUCGCGGCGGAGAUGCUGCAGUAUGGCUGGGGGUGGUCGUUUGUAGCUCCCGGUUUUCUCAUGGCUAUGGCGGCUUUGGUGGUUUUCUUCUUCCUGGCAGUGGAUCCGGAAGAGGUUGAUAUGUCGUCUUCGAUGGCGAGUGUUGGUGGUGGUGGUGGUGGUGCGAGUACGUCGGGGCAAGCAGCGGCGACUGAGCUGAUAAUGCUGAGGCAACCGCAGAGCAUGGGUGGGAAGUUCCAUUCGGUCAUGAUCGACGGGAGCUCGUUACAGGGCCUGGAUAUAAAUGGCGACGGUGAGGAGUUUAGGGAGGUUUCUCUCGCGCCAGGGACGAGGAACGACUCGGCUGUGGGGUUUUUUGAUGCCUGGAUGAUUCCAGGCGUUGCACAGUUCGCACUGUGCCUGUUCUUCUCCAAGCUGGUGGCUUAUACGUUCCUCUACUGGCUUCCGUUCUACAUAAGGCAUACUAAGAUCGCUGGCAACUAUCUCUCCGAUGGAAUGUCGGGUCGAUUGUCCACACUUUUCGACGUGGGAGGUAUGUUUGGAGGCGUUGCUGCUGGCUACAUUUCGGAUCAACUCAACGCGAAAGCAACCACGGCGGCAACUUUUCUCUACGUUGCCGUCCCAGCGCUGGUUCUGUAUCGCGUCUAUGGCAGCUCGUCUCUAGCCGGCAACGUCGUGCUCAUGGUCUUCCUGGGAGCUUUCAUCAACGGGCCGUAUGCUCUCAUCACCACAGCCGUGUCCGCGGACCUUGGCACUCACAGCUCGCUCAGUGGAAGCUCCAAGGCUCUGGCAACCGUGACCGCUAUCAUCGAUGGCACGGGCUCCGUCGGUGCUGCUAUUGGGCCGCUGCUAACGGGAUUCGUGUCGGAGAAAGGAUGGGACGCAGUGUUUGGGAUGCUCAUCACCUCGGUGCUCAUCGCUGCGCUGCUGCUCAGCAAGCUCGUCUACACGGAGCUCACUGUAAAGUUUGCGAGCGCAAACGCCGCUCCUUUCCAGCCGCUUGGCGACGAUCAGAAUCAAUUCUACUGACUUAGAGCUGUGACAAGCACAAGAACAAAGCGAUAGGAUUUUUCUCUGCUUGUAGUUCAUGGUUGAGUUAUCAAAUGCUUUAUGACAAAAUAUUCCGCCAACCAUGCGUCCUUGCAGAAAAGUGGCUUCGAAGGGAAGCAUUAGGCUUAUAACAGAUCACAAGUAAAUUCUUUUGCAACAUCAAAAAGAUCUACCAUGGAAAGGUAUGAAGGUUUCUAGUUUGCAUGUUAUCUAGGAAAUUCUUUUUUUUUUUGUAUAGUUAUCUUUAAACUCUAUAGAGGUGUUAUUAAAACUCACAAAACAUAGAAAUGUUUUUAAGUAAUUUAGAAUGCAAUUAAAAUUUGA